AUGGAAGGGAACAAUAAUGAUAAUGGUAAUCACCAUCCAUUUGAUCCUUUGAACCCUUACGGACUUGUUCGUCAGCAACAAGAGCCAUCUGCAGAUGUCACCAAUACGAUGACUAACAGGUCAGUCUAUCAAAGAAAAAGUCAUAAUGAAGAAAGUUAUCAAACACCUGCAAUAUCUUUCACCAGCGCUGGCACUGGGUCUGGAUCCGGAAGAUUAGGAGAUAAGAAAUAUCAUCGAAGAUUGAAUAAUUCUGAAUUUAUACGGGGCGUGCAAUCAAGAAGUGAGAAUUACCAUUAUGUCAAUGGAAAGAGGGUUGCUGGACCGAUUGCAAGUACAAUCGCUCAGAGCAGAAUCAGAUCACACUCGAACACUGAAGUUACCCAACCUUCUUUGGCGAGUGCAAGAAGGAGUAGAAAAGCAGGUUUGACGGUGAUUCAUCAUGAUAUCCACUCGGAUACUCCCAGUGUUGACGUUGACGGUCAAGAGCCCGUUCAAACCGCUCUCACUCAACCACAUGAAGCUUUUAGUGCUGCAGCUGAAGAUGAAGGGAUUGAUCUCCAGGGUUUGCAGUGGGCCAACAGAGCGUUGUACGGCAAUCGGGCGCUUGAUACAGUCACGACGGGAAUCGAGACUUUAGGAUUGACUUCCUCCCAAGAUCAUGGUCAUGGCGAUACUCUCAGUUGGAUGAUGGGCGAUUAUCCAAAUCAAGAUAAUUCUUCACAUUCAUAUGGACCUUAUUAUUCGGCUCUACCUGGACCAGCGCCGGCGCUCGACGAUGAGAUAUGCGAAAUCACUUUCAGCUAUACUUCCACUGGUCCGAAUGCUUCCAAGCGGGUUAAAACAUUCUCUGGUAUCUCUGGUAAAACAGGGAAAGAGAUCGAAAAGGCCUUGGAAGAAUGGUCGGUAUGA